CUCAGUGCUGCAAUGAAGGCAGCGCAGUGGCUGGAGGCGGCUGCUAGGUUUGGGGAAAUUGGAGCCAGCAACUCCCAUCUCCUUUCUGUCUCUGCAGAAAUGGUUCAGCUCCAUGUGAAGCGUGGCGACGAGAGCCAAUUCCUGCUGGAAACAACCUGCAGCAUCUCCUUGGAAGACUUAACACAGCAAGUCACCAGGAUCUACAAUAGCAGACUCAAAGUGCAGCGUAUUUGCUCAGAAAUGGAGGAACUGGCAGAACAUGGUGUCUUCUUGCCUCCUAAUAUGCAAGGACUGACAGAUGAACAGAUUGAAGAUUUGAAAUUAAAGGAUGAAUGGGCAGAUAAAUGUGUACCAAGUGGUGGAAGUGUCUUUAAAAAGGAUGAAAUUGGACGAAGGAAUGGACAUGCUCCAAAUGAAAAAAUGAAAGAAGUUUUAAAAAAGACAGUAGAGGAAGCUAAAGCACAAAUAUCUAAGAAACAAGUUCAAGCUAACGUAUGUGUUAAUAUGGAGAUGGUGAAAGAUGCACUGGACCAGCUCCGAGGAGCUGUAAUGAUUGUUUAUCCGAUGGGAUUGCCUCCACAUGAUCCAAUUAGAAUGGAGUUUGAAGAUAAAGAAGACUUGUCGGGAACUCACGCUGGACUUGAGGUUAUUGAAGAGUCUGAAGCACAAUUGUGGUGGGCAGCAAAGGAGUUAAAAAGAACAAACAAACUUUCAGACUUUGUGGGCAAAAAUGAAAAAACUAAAAUCAUUGUCAAGAUACAGAAAAAAGGACAAGGUGCCCCAUCACGUGAACCGGUGAUAAGUAAUGAAGAGCAAAAACAGAUGAUGCUGUAUUAUCACAGGAAGCAGGAGGAACUCAAGAAAUUAGAAGAAAAUGAUGAUGACGCCUAUUUAAAUUCAGAAUGGGCAGACAGUCAUGCUUUGAAAAGACAGUUUCAUGGUGUAAAAGAUAUUAAGUGGGGACCGAGAUGAAGCUCUCCAAACAGACUUUGCCUCUUUAGAAAUAAAUAAAUAAUUGACCCACCCUUGUUAUGUAUAUGACAAGCACGUUAGUAAACCUCAGUUAGUAUUUGUGACAAAUGUUGAAAUUUCCAGUUUCAUAGUAGAGGUUCAUUUUAAGCUUGAGUUUUUUAAUGAAAAUUUCAC